GGCGCGAACGGAGGAGAGACGAACGAACACGGCGGGUAUUCGUUGCUCUCGGCAGAGCACGAUAGUUCAGUCGGGAUGAAGGUCGCGCACCCUCUUCUUCUACGGUGCCGAUGAACAGUGAAGAACGUAAGGGUAGGGACAAAGGUUCGCGAUGAAUGGUGAACGUAUUAACGUGAAACGUCUUACGGGAAUUAAACAUUAUCCCGAUCGUUUUCGUAUACUUACUAUGGCAUUCCUGACAGUGGUGGCUAUUGCUGGACAAGCACGUACAGAUAAUUCAUCAUUAAAUUCCGAUGAGUCGACCUUGUUCAAGUCCACGCUCAAAUCGGUAUUAAAAGAGGGAUGCUAAUCAGAGAAAACGUACAUUCGAGAUCGGACCUCAAUAACCAAUGUGAACCAGACAAUAUCAAGACUUACGUGUUACUUGCGUUUGAUAAAAAUUCGGAUUUGCCGACCUUUAACAAGUCAAUUUCAAAUGUGACAGUCGCGGUGGGCCGAGAAGCUGUACUUGCCUGUGUCGUUUCGAAUCUUUCUGGUUUCAAGGUCGCCUGGUUGAGAGUCGAUACACAAACUAUCCUGACUAUAGCUAAUCAUGUGAUAACGAAAAAUGAUAGAAUCAAAGUGACGCACAGCGAGCACAAGAUGUGGAAUUUACAUAUACGUGAUGUCAACCCAAGCGACCAGGGAUAUUACAUGUGUCAAAUAAAUACAGAACCUAUGAAAAGUCAAACUGGUUUUUUGGAAGUUGUAGUUCCUCCAGACAUUCUUGACAAUUCGACGAGUACAGAUAUGGUCGUUAAAGAAGGUAGUAACGUAACAUUGCGGUGUGCAGCAAGGGGAUCACCACAACCAAACAUCACUUGGAAACGUGAGAACGGCGAACUUAUACCUUUCGGGGAUGGCCAAGGAGUUAGUAGCGUCGAAGGAUCGAUCUUCAACAUCGUGAGAGUGAACCGAUUACAGAUGGGAGCGUACCUUUGUAUCGCCUCAAACAGUGUUCCACCUACCGUCAGCAAGAGAAUUAUGCUCAUAGUACACUUUUCUCCGAUGAUCUGGAUUCAGAAUCAAUUGGUGGGAGUGCAAGAGGGACAACAAAUGACGUUGGAGUGUCAUUCUGAAGCUUUCCCGAAAUCAAUCAACUAUUGGACUAGAGGAAAUAAUCAGAUUAUACCAAAUGGAGAGAAGUACGAGGCAACCUUCUCGGACAAUGGUUACAAAGUGCACAUGAAGCUUACGAUACGUUCUGUUACCAUGUCAGAUUACGGCACUUACAAAUGCAUAUCGAAAAAUUCUUUAGGCGAAACGGAUGGCAGUAUAUCGCUUUACCAUAUUCCAACUACCACGACGCAAGCUAAGACCACGACCACGACCACUACAACGACACCAAUGCCCACGAUAGAUAAAGUCGAAACUAUGCAAAGGACUCGACAAAAGAUGGUACCGAGUUUAGAACCGAACUCUAAUGAAAUAACAGACGCAUCUUUGUCCACUGCGAUUAGAAAUGAGAAUACACGAACCAAUGGUAGACGACAUAACAAUAAUAAUGAUUACAUCAAUGCUGAAAAUAAAAUUGACAAAGACGUACAACGAAAGCAACCUUUGAACAAAGAUGCAAAUCGUCGAAGAACCGAUAACGUAUCUCGUUCGAUAUCGUCGAGAGGUGAUAGGAUAUGCGCUUUUUUACAAACGAAUAUAAUCAUUUAUACAAUUCUAUUAUCUAUACUUUCGUAGUCAGUGUUUAGAUACAUUGUGUCCAAGAAAUACGAAAAAGUUUCGAUUAAUUGGACCUCGUCUAUUACGCACUAUCAUUCCUUUUCCAUUAGCAAACGGGAUCAAUUUGUCUUAAGUAUAAGUGCGAUUGUCAAUGUUCACGCUUUUCCUUUCUACUUGCUUAUAAGAAAAAAAAAAAAAGAAAAAGAUUUAUAACUAAUUAAGCGAACCUUCCGUGAAAUUAUAGAUUACGAUAUUCUCUAUGUCUGAAUUUCACGACUGUACUUUUCUUUUUUUAAAUGUAUGAUAGAAAUAAUAUCGUAACAAGUUAUCAUUUAUAACAUUUAUAUACACAGUUAAGUUUUUUUUUUUUUUCAUGAAAAUCUAUCGAUAAUAUUGUAUUUGUAAACAUUUGUCUAUUAUUUUGUAAUAUCUAACUUGGUUUCAAUGUUUUUCCUAUUGACAUGUAAACGUUAUUGUUACAUUAGAUAUUAUUCAGGAGUAAUUUCUAACUGAUUAGAAGAUGAUCUAUGUAUAAAAAGUUAUAUGACAAUCCCAGAAAAGUGAAUUUUUUUUAAUGACAACGGAUCUAUUGUCAUGGAUUAUUAUUUGAAAUGAUAUGCAAAAAAGAAAAACAAAUUUUACAUUUGUUUCUUUUUAUAUUUUAUAUCAUAGAGAAAGCAGCAUUGUUGAAUAUCAUAAUUAACUAAACUUAAUUUUAUUCAUAAUUAAUCUUGAUUAACCGAUAUUUUGUUAGAUAAUAUUUUCAAUUAAUCUCGGCCUAAUCUUUUUUAAAAAAAUAAACUGAGAUAAUCACGAUAUUGUGGAGCCUAAAAUUAAUCCAUAACUGCUAUCUAUAUUUUAGUAUAAUUGUUAUGCAAAAUUCUAUAUUUCGCGUCUCACCAAUUAUAAUUAUUUCAAAUUUACAGUAUAGCGAUUUCUAUCAUAAUGUUAAUAUCGAAUUACCUUGUCGCGUUUUCUUUUACCACGUUACAGAAUAAAAAUGAUGAAAAUGAAUUUUGGAAACGAUGUGAAGAAAAAAAUAAGACAAACUGAGAAAAAAUAUAUAUUUAGAACGUAUUUAGUCCUCUUUCUAAUUAACAGCAGCUUUGAUCUAGUCAACUGAGGAUAAUAUUGUAUGUAAAUGUAAAUCUUAUUAGAAAUAUUGUAUCUUUAAUAAGAUGUACACACAUCUUAUAGCUCAUUCAUCUGAGAUAAUUUAUCUGUCGAAUGUUUCUGAAUGAAAUGAGAAAGAUAAUCCGGAAACUUGUAUAUUUGACAAUGAUUGUAACGAUUUAAAUACCGCUGUAAAUAACGAUUAGAUAUAUAUAUAUUCGUAAGUAUAUAUUAGAAAUGCUCGUUGACGAUGACGCUGGUGUUAAUUGAAUGAAUAUAUUCAUAAUUUUGUAAAUAAAUUAUUAAUUUGCGCGCGUGUGUGCGUAGGAUAAAAUUAUCAAUAAAAAAUAAAAAAAAAGAAACAUUAAGAUGACGUCUCUUUCAGAGUAAGAUUUUUUUAAAAAGUACCUUCGAAUUUUCACGAAGAAGAUUUAACGUUGACAGCUUUAUCCUACGAUGUGUUGUAUGUUCCACCACCUCGUAGAUAGGUUUAACUGUAAAUAUAAGUAUCAAAAUAAUGAAGGAAAAAGAAAGAAAAAAAAGAAACACAAACAAAGCAAAUAAAAUUGUCUCGUAAUAAUCAGAAUUUUGUGUAAUAAUCCGAAACGCAUUUAACACGCAAAGUAAAUAAUUGUAAAUAUAGACCGAUGCGCCGUAUAGUGUGUGAUCUUUUUAAAACUGAUUAUUUUUGUCGCCGCCAUAUUCGUCGUCGUAGCAAGCUGACUGUUUAAACAUAACUUAAAAAGAAAAAAAAAAGAAAAAAAAAAGAAGAAGAACAACCAGUGAGCUUUAUUAUCGCUUUAUAAUUGUAUAUGAAACAAUUUGCAUACUUUCAGAGAUUUUUAAGUAGAUCAAUUGUGAACGCUAAUUAACAAGAAGGGACAAAAUAAUACUUCGGAGGUAAUUUGAAAUAUAAUACAUUAUUCAUUGUACUGUAACUAGUAAUUAUUUGAGUGAAUGUUGAAGAAGUAUGAAUAAAAAUCGAAUGUUAAAGUUUGACGAGUAUUUUGUACGAUUAUCACUUUCUUCAUAUAUGACAUAUAUUGUGUUUCUAAGAACAGUUCAAAAAUCUAAUAUUAUCUACGAUACAAAAUCGUAAUAUUUUCUUUGAUUGAAGAAAAACUCAAAUCAUUUUUUUUAUUUCUUCCCCUUUGUUAAACACUGCGUGUCACAUUUUCUCUCUUUGGUAUUGAAUAUUUUCUUAACACGUUGAAUGAUACCAACGACCGGUACCAAAUUUGUUCGUGGUGCUUUGCGUGUUGGUCUUCGAUGACCAACGUUACUAUUUUGUUUUUAUAAUUUUUUAUCCUAACAAUCGUAGUUUCUACGGCAAAACAUAUCAAAACUUUGCAUGGCAUUCAACGUGCUAAGGAGAAAGGUUAAUCAAUGAAAUAAUGUACUAAAAUUGUAUUCGUCUCAAGUAUCUAUACAAGGAAAAUGUUCGUAUGUUCAAACUCAUUCGUUUUAUUUUUCUUAAAUUUCGUGUUUCUUAUUUGUUUGUUUCUUAUUUUUUUUUCUUUUUUUAUUUUUAAGCACUUGUAUCAACUCAGCUUUAUUACAAAUUUUACAUUUACUCAUUACAAUAUAUUACGCACACUAUUUUCGUUCGGAUUACAAUGUUAUCUACAAUGCCGAUGAUACAAAAGUAGGUAAUGUGUGUUCUGCAUAAAAAUUCUUUCACUUCUUACAUCGGUUCGGUAUUUCCAUUUGACAUAAGUAGUUCUAUCGAUCAACGAAUAUUAAAUAAUCAUUUGCAUUGUUUUUGUCAUUGAGAUAUUAUAUGAAAACCUAUUCAAAUUGAAUCACUAAUUAGUAAAUAGAUACUCGCGACAUUAGCUUUUUUUUGCUUUUUUUUUUGUUUUUAUACAUCAUGGCUUUACGACAAUCUAAAGGAUAUUUAAAUAUACAUUCGCGAUUAGAUGAUGAUAGAAAACAAAUAGGAUGUGGCGUUUGGUUAAAUGUUAAAAGAAUGAUGAUAAAAAUUGACAGUAAAAGUAAUCUUAUCAAGAUUUCUUGCCUAUUACAAAAAUAACACUUACCACUGGCUUUGUGUCUAUACAAGUCAGUUUCAACGAGGAACACAGAUAAUUGAUAUGUGUUUUAUCCGUUCAUUAGCAACGAUUUUCCCAAUUUAGCACGUUAUUAUAUUAUGAAUAUAUGGACGAGACAAACGUAUAAUUGUAUUGCUUUUGAAAGUGCUCUAUAUGCUUUUAUGAUUCAUAUAACGUUAAAUAAAUGAAAAAUACACAGAGUGAAGUAUAAUCAUUUAAAAUUAUAAUUUUCAUCAUACGCAUUAUCUUUGUUUCUCUUAUACACAUUCCCAUUUACUAUUGUCCGAUUAUUUUAAGACUUAAAAAAUCAAGUCCAUUGAAUUUUAUUCGCGCAAUACUACAAAAUUAUAUAUUAAUAUGUAUGACCUAUAAUAAUUUAUUGAGAAUACAUAGAUAUAUGGCACCAAAC